AUAAUGAAGCCACUUUCCCAGGAAUGAUGGGGAGGCUAUGUAAAGGAGGCUGUAUGAUUGGACCGUCAAUCCUCAACUCUGACUUGUCCCGUCUUGCGGAGGAGUGUCAGAGGAUGUUGGACGCUGGUGCUGAUUAUCUACACCUUGAUGUUAUGGACGGUCAUUUCGUUCCUAAUCUCACUUUCGGAGCCCCUGUAGUAGCAUCAUUGCGUGACAAAUUCCCCGGAGUACUGUUCGAAGUGCACAUGAUGGUUUCCAACCCAGAGCAGUGGAUAGAUGACAUGAGCAAGGCUGGUGCUGAUAUCUACACUUUCCAUCUGGAGUCUUCUGAGAACCCCCACCAAACUAUUCAGAAGAUCAGGAGUAAAGGGAUGCAUGCCGGAUGUGGGAUAAAGCCCAAGACCCCAGUAGAACCGUUAUCUGAGCUAGCUCCACUGCUGGACGUACUACUGGUCAUGACUGUUGAACCAGGCUUCGGAGGACAGAGCUUCAUGACUGAUAUGAUGCCUAAGGUGAAGUACCUGCGAGAGAGGCACCCGGAUGCUAAUAUUGAGGUUGAUGGAGGUCUGUCUCCUAAGACUAUUGAGAUAGCUGCAGAGGCGGGAGCUAAUCUUAUUGUGUCAGGCAGUGCAGUUGUUAAGAGCAGUGAUCCUAAAGGAGUUAUGACGCAACUGAGAGACGUUGUUAAUAGAUACAGGGACAGUGAGAAGGCAGAGGCUUAGAUAUUGAGACGUGUCUGAGAAGCUCUUUCCUUUUAAUCACAUUCCAUUGAAUCAUCGCACAAAUUUCAUUUAUUUAUGUUUUUAUUUGAAUAGAGGAUAGUUUUGAUGGUUUCGUGUAUAAUCCAGUGUCUCUAAUAGAACAUGCCCAAACUAACUAAAAAUAUUUGUUCUUGUAACGUCAUACCGAGACAUAGUAAAGAAUUUUUAAGUAGUUUUUGUGUAGGGAAUAAUAAUAUUUAUAAUGACGGGUAUUUAUUUUAGAUUUUAACAUACAUAUUUUAAUCUUUUAAGUUUUAUAGUGACUGUGUUACAAUAUUGUACAUUUGGAGAUAUUUUCAAUUACGUAAAAAAAGGUGCUCACUUUAA